GCUCCCCUGAAAGGAGUGGACAGCUCCGCUGCCAGUCUUCCCAGGCUGAGAGUGUAAGAUGAGAAGGAGAAGGUGGGCCUCACCCAGGAGGGGAGGGCGCCCAGAAACUUCCUGCAGCUCUCAGCUCCGCCACAGACUGCGAGCAAGAGUCCUACUACACACUUUCGGAGGCACUUGGGGUGUCGGGGCCAAGGGAGAAGCGAUCGGAGCCGUGCGGCCCCAGUUUGGAGCCGGGACACUGGCGUUUCCAGUUUGGACAGAGCUUUGAGCCUCGGAACUGACGGCGCCUCAGUUCACGUAAGCAUCCUGGAAAAUCGCUCGCUAUAACUCCGAGGGGGUGGGGGAAACCCAACUUGGACUUGUCGCCUGCGGAGAAAAUUUCAGGGAGGUGACACCCUGCAUGAGCAGAGUUGCUGGGACCCUUCCCUGCCUCCUCCCCAAGACUACAAGCUUAGAGUUUUGUUUGUUUGUUUGUUUGUUUGUUUGGGCUUCUUGCCCCCCACCCCAGAGUCCACUCUGGAGAUCUUAAAGACUCUCGAGAAAAGCCACGUGGGGGGCUGGUUCCCCUGGGGUUUCCUCCCCUCCCCCGAUUGCCUGAUCCUCUGGAGUGUCCCUGAUGUCUGCAAAGAUGUCGAUCUGGACGUGUUAGUGGAGGCCUUAAGGCCCGUAGGCACCUUUAAGAAGAUCGGGAAGGUGUUCCGCAAAGAGUCGGACUCCACGGUGGGAAUGCUGCAGAUUGGGGAGGAUGUGGACUAUCUGCUCAUUCCCCGGGAGGUCCGGCUGGCUGGGGGCGUGUGGAGAGUCAUCUCCAAGCCCGCUACCAAGGAAGCUGAGUUUCGGGAGCGGCUGAUCCAGUUUCUGCAGGAGGAGGGCCGCACCCUGGAAGACGUGGCCCGAAUCAUAGAAAAGAGCACUCCACACCCACCCCAGCCCCCCAAAAAAGCCAAGGAGCCCCCCCGAGUGAGGCGAGUCCCACAGAUGGUCACUCCCCCACUUCGGCUGGUCGUAGGCACCUAUGACAGCAGCAACGCCAGCGACAGCGAGUUGAGUGACUUCGAGACCUCCAAAGUCAAAGGCAACGGGGGCUCCCAGGGGACCAGAAAGGUGCGCAAAAUGCCGGUCAGUUACCUGGGCAGCAAAUUCCUGGGCAGCGACGUGGAGAGCGAGGAUGAUCAGGAGCUGGUAGAGGCCUUCCUCCGCCGUGGGGAGAAGAAACCCAGCGCGCCUCCUCCACGUCGCCGAGUCAAUCUGCCAGUGCCCAUGUUUGAGGACAACCUGGGGCCCCGGCCGUCCAAGGCCGACAGAUGGCGGGAGUAUGUCAGCCAGGUGUCCUGGGGGAAGCUGAAACAGAGGGUGAAGGGCUGGGCGCCCAGAUCAGGCUCCGAGGUGGGCGAGGCCCAGCAGGCCUCCAUCGCAGCUGAAAGGACUGGAGAACUGAGAAGCAGCCACACUAGUCGGGAAGACAGCCCCAGAAACGCAGGCGAUGGGAGCGACCAGACACUGGGUACCAGACGCUGGAAGCCCAAGAUCAAGUGGGUCUCCUUGAGGAGGUGCAGGAAGGGGCAGGCGCCACCCCCAGCUCAGGCGACAGCUGGGGGACCCCCAGAGGCUGCUGAGAACCAGGGAGCAGAGGCUGCAGCUGAACGCGGAGCAGAGGCUGCACCUAACCCGAGGGCGGAGGCUGCAGCUAGUCCGAGGGCAGAGGCUGCAGCUAGUCCGAGGGCAGAGGCUGCAGCUAACCCGAGGGCAGAGGCCGUAGCUAGUCCGAGGGCAGAGGCUGCACCUAACCCGAGGGCGGAGGCUGCAGCUAGACCGAGGGCAGAGGCUGCAGCUGAACGCGGGGCGGAGGCUGCACCUAACCCGAGGGCGGAGGCUGCAGCUAGUCCGAGGGCAGAGGCUGCAGCUAACCCGAGGGCGGAGGCUGCAGCUAAUCCGAGGGCAGAGGCUGCAGCUAACCCGAGGGCGGAGGCUGCAGCUAGUCCGAGGGCAGAGGCUGCAGCUAACCCGAGGGCAGAGGCUGCAGCUAGUCCGAGGGCAGAGGCCGCAGCUGACCCAACCGCAGAGGCUGCAGCUAACCCGAGGGCAGAGGCUGCAGCUAGUCCGAGGGCAGAGGCUGCAGCUAGACCGAGGGCAGAGGCUGCAGCUAGUCCGAGAGCAGAGGCCCCAGAUAAUCAUGAGUCUGAAGUUGCAGCUAAUCAGAGGACAGAAGCUCUACCUGACCGGAGGGCAGAAGCCAUAGAUAGUCAGAGGGCAGAGGGCCCAGCUAACCAAGGGACUGGAGCUGCAGAAAAUCAGAGGGUGGAGGCCCCAGCAGACCAGAGGGAGGAAGCUGGACCUCAGGCUAUAGCGGGAGCCUCAGCUGGCUCGGUUACCCUAGGAACAGUCUCGGGAUCUGGGGUCCGGAAGCAGGUAAAGACAGUGAGGUUCCAGACCCCAGGACGUUUCUCCUGGUUUCGCAAGCACAGGAGGGCUUUCUGGCAUACUCCCCGGUUGCCAACCCUGCCCAAGAGAGUCCCCAGGGCAGGUGAGGCUAGGAGCCUCAGGGUGUUGAGGGCUGAGGCUAGAGCAGAGAUGGAACACAGAGAGCAAGAGGAACAGCUGUGAGGGGAACCCAGGUCCCCGCACCCUGCUGCCCUGUGUGAGCUGAUAGGGUGCCUCCUUCCCUUGCAGCUCCUUCUACUUCCAGUUUGAAAAUGGGGGCUGCAGAGGCUGCAGCACCUCCCACACCUUUACCCCCUUCUCUACCUUCCUCCUCCAUCCCCCCUCUUUGUUUGAGACGGUUUUUCUAUGCAGCCCCACCGGCCUGGUACUCCAUCUGUAAUUGGUCUCGAACUCACAGUAGUCCCCUGCCUUAGGAGUCCAAGCACUGGGACUGCAGGUGUGUUCCGCUACAUCCGGUCUAGUGACCCUCUUUUGUUGUUGUUUUUUCAAGACAGGGUUUCUCUGUGUAGUCC